UACUUAGAAGAUCAUCAUUCUAUUUUUAGAAACACACAUGUUGUUAUUAAACACGAUGGCUGAGUUUUCCAACAUUUCUUUAAAUUUAUCAACAGACGUUAACGUCAACGAUGUUAGGCCUAGAUCUAGAUCUAAUAAAAAUCGCGCUAAUAAGAAAUUCAAUCAUAAAGAACAGUUUGUUCCUGCUCAUACAAAAGUUGAGAGACGUGAAGAAAGCUCACCGAAAGAAGAUAAUAGAAAGAGAAAAUUGUCAGACAAUGCUGAGAUAAGUCAUGGGAAAAAGCCUAAAAGUGACAUGGUAAUAUCAUCUUUAUUUAGAAAGAAUCCUGAUAUUCCAGAAGUCUUAAGCUCCAAAGUUGAAACAGUGUCAGAAAAUGUGUUCACUGGAGAAACAUUCAAAGAAUUACCACUUCACCCUUUUUUGAUAUCUAACCUGGAAGAAAAACAAGGCUUUAAACAAAUGACAGAAGUGCAGAAAAAAGCUAUUCCUGUAUUACUGAAGAAGAAAGAUGCUUUGAUCAAGUCCCAGACUGGUUCAGGUAAAACGUUAGCCUAUGCAGUGCCCAUAGUUCAGAUGUUACAAUCCAGAAAGUUGAAAAUAAAAAGAGAUGAUGGCCCUUAUGCUUUGAUCAUUGUACCUACAAGGGAGCUAGUCUUACAGAGUUACGAUACAUUUGUCAAACUUUUAAGGACUUUCAUUUGGAUUGUUCCUGGCUGUUUAAUGGGAGGUGAGAAACGUAAAGCUGAGAAAUCUAGGUUGCGUAAAGGUGUUAACAUUCUUGUUGCCACACCUGGAAGGUUAAUGGAUCAUAUCAAGUUCACAAGUGUCCUACAUCUAGCUCGAAUCCAGUGGUUGGUCAUUGAUGAAGCAGACAGACUUCUUGAACUGGGCUAUGAAAGAGAUAUAGCUCUAAUAUUAAAUGCACUUAAGUCUCAGUGCCCAGACCCACCACAGACAGUAUUAUUAUCAGCUACUCUUACUGAUGGUGUUGAACGUUUGUCCAGUAUCACUUUAGACAACCCUGAACAUAUAUGUGUUGGAGAGUUAACUGACACUCUUCAGCAACCCACUGUAUCAACAGAAUCAAGUCAAGAAAACUUCACACUUCCAUCUCAAUUAAAACAAUAUUUUAUUGUCACCCCUUGUAAACUACGCCUUGUAACUUUAGCAGCAUUGAUGUUAUGGAAAUGUAAGUACUCUGGAUGUGCAAGCAAAAUGAUCAUCUUUAUGUCAACACAAGACUCAGUCCAUUUCCAUUCUAAACUUCUGAAUCAAGUCCUUGGUCCAGCACAUAACAUCAAGAAAACUUUGACUCAAAUGGCUCUGGGUCAAGAGGAAAGCAGUGAGGAUGGGGUAGAACUGAAAGACAAGGCAGAAUUAACAAUGUAUCAAUUGCACGGUGACAUGCAGCAAAAGGACAGAACUUACACCUUCAAUAAGUUUGCCAAAGCUACUUCUGGUGUUCUAUUAUGCACAGAUGUAGCAGCUAGAGGUUUGGAUUUACCCCAUGUCGAUUGGAUUGUUCAAUAUACAUCACCUGGAGCAACAGUGGAUUACAUCCACAGAGUGGGGCGUACAGCUAGGGCAGGAACAAAAGGGCAGUCUGUCUUGUUUUUAAUGCCUUCGGAAGUGACCUACAUUCAGGAGUUGAACAAACACAAAAUAAGCCUUGACCAGAUGGAUGUGUCCAGUGUACUGGAACCUUUGUUGCUUCAUGUUCAAGAUCUCCCUCAACCACAAGAUGUCACUACCAAGCGCCAGACACCCAAGACUGUUGAAGAAGCUGCAACAUUUCUACAGGACAGGUUUGAAGAAUGUGUUUUGAAUGAUAAGGACAUGAACAUUUUAGCAAGUAAAGGUUUUCAGUCCUAUAUCAGAGCCUAUGCCACUUAUUCAAAGGAAGUAAAAAAUAUUUUUAAAGUAAGUGACCUUCACCUUGGACAUGUAGCUAAAAGUUUUGCUCUAAGAGUUGCUCCUGCCUUGGUUCACAAUGCCACUGCCACUUUGGCUCUCAAACACAAGAAGAAAACAAGUAACAGGCCAGACAAUUUCAGGCAAGUCACAUUAAGUGAAUACUCUUCAGGAUUACAAGCUGCUAAUUGUAAUGUCAAGACCAAACCAUCAAUCAAGAGAAAGUUCAAAACAAAAUUGAAAUGGAAAUAAACAAAAAAAACUACCAACUAAA